AUGCUUUUUUCCAAGAUCACCCAGGCUAUUGCCCUGGCCGCUGCUGUCGGACUCACUUCAGCCCAGCCUAUCGGACACUUGCACCACAAGCACGCUAAGAGAAACGUGGUUGUUGUUACCGAGACCAAGAUCGUGACUGUUGGAGCUGGUGAUGAUGCUGCCACUGCAACCAUCGACUACGUCCAUGCCGCUUCUUCCGCCGUUGAGAUUUCUUCUGCUUCUACCACCGUGGGAGCUCAGGUUGUCCCAACCACCACCUCCAAGGUCAAGUCUUCGUCUUCCGCUUCGAGCUCCACUUCCGCCGCCUCGUCUACUUCCUCGUCUGAUUCUGACUCUUCUUUCUCUGCUGGAACCAAGGGUAUUACCUACUCGCCUUACACCGCCUCUGGUGCCUGUAAGACUGCCGAUGAGGUUGCCUCUGACUUGGCUUAUUUGACUGACUACUCGGUUAUCAGACUUUACGGUGUUGACUGUAACCAGGUCGAGAACGUGUUCGCUGCCAAGGCCUCCGGACAGAAGCUUUUGCUCGGAAUCUACUUCGUCGAUGCCAUUGAUGAUGCCGUUUCCCAAAUCUCUGAUGCCGUUUCUAAGUAUGGUUCUUGGGAUGACGUUCACUCCAUCUCUGUUGGUAACGAACUCGUCAACUCUGGUGAGGCUUCUGUUUCCCAGGUUGGUGAGUACAUUGCUACUGCCAGAUCUGCCUUCUCUAAUGCUGGUUACUCUGGUGACAUCGUUUCUGCUGACACUCACGUUGCCAUCAUCAACAACCCAGGUCUCUGUAAGUACUCUGACUACGUUGCCAUCAACGCCCAUGCCUACUUCGAUGGUUACAUUUACCCAAGCGGUGCCGGUGACUGGUUGUUAUUGCAGAUCGAGAGAGUCUGGUCUGCCUGUGGCGGUGACAAGAAUGUCUUUGUUACCGAGACCGGCUGGCCAUCUCAGGGAAACAGCUACGGUGUCGCUGUUCCUUCCAAGUCCAACCAGAAGACCGCAAUUGAGUCUAUUCAAGACAAGUGUGGUUCUUCUGCCGUUGCCUUCACUGCCUUCAACGACUACUGGAAGGCCGAUGGAUCUUACGGUGUUGAGAAGUACUGGGGUCUCUACUCCGACUAA